AUGACGACAAACCAAAAAUAAAUUCUUCACGUCGGAAUAAAAAUGGCGGUUGUGAAGAUCUUGGGGUGACCGCAAAAAUGUGAACUGUGUGGUUGGGCAGCUUGUUCGGCAAGUUUAUAAAGCUACAAAUUUUGCAGUUGUGAGGUAGAAUAGAGACUGCAGCAGGUUCUUGAAUAUUUUCGUGAUGAGUUUUCUUUCUUGUUUAGAAGGCCAUUUUUAAAGAAAGUUUUUUUUUAAAAACAGUGAUCUCAUUGCCCCCACCCCCACGCACAAGAAGUGACGGAAUGGUCUGACUUGGCAAAUCGCCGGGUUGAGCUUUCCUGGUGUCUCACAAUGCCUACUGCAUCAGCAGCUUUCAUGCGUAGUAGUGGUAGUGGAUAUGCUACAACAUAUGGAACAUCAUAUAACACUUCUUCAACAGUGUCUCGUAGUUCAUCUGCUACACGGAGAAAAAGUUUAGCUGGUGGGUAUACUUCAUCAUCAUCAUCAUCAAGCUCAACUUAUCGGCCUCUGCCGUCUGGCCCAGGACCUAUUGACUCAAGUGGGAAAAAGUUGGAGGCAUAUUCAGUUCGGGCAGGAGACACACAUAUAACACGAAGCAGGGUCAGGCCGCCUCCCAUUACAGGAAUUUCCUCUGUAAGGACAAGCCCUCUCAGAGCUGAUCACAGUAGUGGCUUGACCAGCACCUCACGCUAUGCUUCCCCAAACAACGACAUUUAUCUGUCUGGCACAUCAACACUUAGUCGGCAGUUAAGAACAAUUAAUAUAAAUCCUCUAGAUACUGUUACUUCUUCAAACAGGCUUUCUGGUCGGCGUUCUGCCAGUCUGGCAAAUUUACACACUGACAAUGAAUCUUCAUCUUCCCUCCUAACAGCAAAUAAGACCUCUACUCUGUAUACCAGUGAUUUGGAUUCUAUUAUCCGACAGCCAAGCAACCGAAGAAGUAGUCAGAUAGAUGAUGAAACCCAGAAAUCUUCACGACCUGUACGCUCUGUGGGUAUAGGAGAAGAUAAGAAAGAUGGAAGUAUGCGUGCACCCAAAUACACCCCAAGUAUGUCUCGGGAUGCAAGUCCCAGCACUAGCAAUGGUUCGGGAUCUCGAGGCCGCCAGUUUGGAGAUCCUAGGGAAGAGUCUGCCAGCUCUGUACCUGGGACAUUCCAUAAUUCUUCAGGAUCCUUCUCUUCACUAAGCAAAUUCCGAGAUGGUGGAAAAAUUGGUCUUUGCAAUCUUGGCAACACUUGUUUCAUGAACUCGGUUCUGCAGUGCCUGAGCAACACAAGGCCUUUGCUUGAAUGGUGCCUUAAUGAUGAGUACCAAGUGGAAAUUAAUACUACAACUAGUAGUAUGAAGGGAUCGCUAGUGAAAGCAUUUGCUACACUUAUGAAGUCACUUUGGAAGGAGGGAUCUUCAGGAUAUGUUUCUCCUAAUGCCUUUAAAACACAGAUACAGAAAUUCGCUCCACGGUUUGUGGGAUACUCGCAGCAAGAUGCUCAAGAGUUUCUUCGUUAUCUUCUGGAAGGCAUUCAUGAAGAUGUAAACCUGGUUACUAUGAAGCCAAAGCCUGUUAACCUUGAUGAUAACCGGCUAGAAGGCAAGAGUGAUAGUGAGAAAGCUCAAGAGUAUUGGAAGGCUUACAUUGCACGGGACAGGAGUCACAUUGUUGAUAUAUUUGUAGGCCAGCUAAAGAGUGAACUCAAGUUUGUAGAAUGUGGACAUCGUUCUGUUACCUUUGACCCCUUUUGGGACCUUUCUCUUCCUAUUCCUAAGUAUCAGUCAGAACUAACACUGGAUGACUGUCUUCGGCUGUUCAUGAAAGAGGAGGAGUUGGCUACAGAAGAAAGGCCGAUGUGUGCCAAGUGCAAGGUCAGGCGCUCCUGCACCAAGAGUUUCUCCAUCCAUCGCUUCCCACAGAUUCUUGUCAUUCACCUGAAACGCUUCAGUCAGGAGCGUUAUGGCAGAAAGCUUUCCGCCCUGGUUGAGUUUCCAGUGAAAGACCUCAAUAUGGCAGAGUAUGCCAGUGAAGGUGCUCAAAAAGUGACCUAUGACCUGUAUGGAGUCAGUGAACAUUCAGGUGGAGUUCAUUCCGGUCACUAUACCGCUAUAUGCAAGAACCCAUCCUCAGGAGAUUGGUUUCACUUUAAUGACACAAGAGUUGGCGCAGCCCGUUCCAACGAAGCUGUGACAUCAGAAGCUUACGUCCUCUUCUAUGAGCUGACAAGCCCAGUGAGCAAGCUGUAGUCCUCACAAGCACAGGACAUGAUCAUCAAGAAGAAAGGCUGUUCCAUGAAGAAGGGGCUGUUGAAUCUUUGCAGUUACAUAAGGGGAGAAUGAGGCUUGGUUUGCCGCUUCAUUAGACAUUGCUUAUGAAGAACAUUUCACUUUUGUCUACUUUUUUUUUUUUUUAAAGCUUAUAAAAGGGAUUUGAGUUGUGAGUCAACAAAGUGGGGAGAUUCUGCAUGAUUUUAGAAAGCUCCUAGAGUGUAUUAUACACAAUUAUAGUAUUUCAAUCAGUAAAUUGGUUGAAAAAUUAUCAGAUAUGUUUUCAAAGUGUCAUUGAAGAAAAUAAAGAAAAUAGGUAGCUGCCUGCAAAUGAAGCUUGCUAAACAUAUAGAUAGGGUGGAUUUAGUUCUAUGUGGUAUAAAUCCUUUUAUUUGAUUCUUAGGUAGUGAUGUUGUGAACAGCUGGCAGUCAUUGGAAGUGUCCAGCUUGAAGUAGCAUCCUCUUAUUGCAUCUGAAUGCAUGCCAUCUUCUGGAACUAAUUUCAACAUUUGUAAACAUUUUUUUAAAAUUUAAAUAUUGUACAUUUAUGCCAGAGCAUACACAUGGAGUAUCUGAAUGGCAAAAUUCAGUAACAGUAAAAUAUGUAGAAUCCCUGCUUUUGUCUAGUAAAAAGAGUGAUGUGAGAGAAUUUUUGUUUUAUGCAAAGACAGCAGUUGAAAAGAGGCAUGUGUGAAGGAAGGAAAUGCUGGAAUAGGCAGAGUUUGAAUUGUGGAUCAUCAUUUGAUAGACUGCUUACACAAAACAAGUUCAAGUGGUACAGAAGAUUCAUAACCCUGGAGCACUCUUUGUUUUCCACUGACUCCGUGUCAAUGACAUCUGUCUCUCUUACUGAUAUCAGACUCUUGGUGUCUGGAGUAUCUCUCCACUUUUCUCUGCUUUGUUGCCAUCACAAGUUUGUCAAUGUAACUAUUGAAUAUUUCGCCUAUGGAUGCAUGCAAAGUGAUAUUUCAAAAAAAGAUGUUAGGCAGCAGACCAUGAACAGGCAAUGUUUUGCUGCAGGGUGUCUAAAAAUUCUCGUCCUUCACGAUAGCAGUUUUUCAUAUAAACCUUUUUAUCUCACUGUGGUCAGGAGGUCUCACAAAGAAUGUACUUACAGAAUAUGGUGGGUGUGAUACAGGUAAUUUUGUUGGUGAGAAUCCAUGAUUUUCUCUGGCUUAAAUGUAUUAACUUUCCAGCAGUUUCUUGUAAGUAUUCCCUACCUUGAAGGUUAGUUAACAUCCCAAGAAGCUGCAUUUCACAUUCUUCCUUUUUGUCUUCUGCACCUUUUUGCUCAUAGGUUUGUCAUGGAGGGCGGUCUGGUGGUGCAACAGUUAGCUCCUGUCACCAAUCCAGUGAAGGUUAGUUGUAUUGGGUUCAGCUCUCAUCUCAGACAAGAUGUUCUUUCUCUGCGUGUCUCUAGCGCUGGCUGCCUUGUCCUGAUAUAACUUUAGUUUCUGGCUCAGCAUAAAACACCAAUUACCCCACCUCCAGGUUUGUCAUUGAAAUACUGGUACUUAGGGCAUGUACAGAAUUUUUUCUGCUGUCCUUUCACAAUACCCUUAAGUCAGAUAUAAAUUAAAUGAAAGAAAUUUAUAGAUAUUCAGUAUGAUCGGUUUCACAGACACUCUUUUGUCGAGAUAAUUUCUUUAAUAAUAUCAUGCUACCUGGUCUAUCCUUUUACUUAGCAGGUAUAGAAAUCAGGUAAUAUAUGUUGGUAAAAUGACAAAGGUUGUGACAGCUUAGAAUGAUGCAGGUCUAAAAUCAGGAAAGUUUGGAUGCUUUUUCAUUCUAUAGACACAACGACUUUAUACAUUUUAUAUGGCUUUUCUGUUUGUAGACCAUGAAACUAACAUUUUAAUUAUUAGUCCAUAGCUUGUGCUUUGUCUGAUGUACUGCCUGUUAAUUGAGCUCUCCUUCACAUGGGGAAGUGCACUUUACAAAUUCAGUUAAUAUUAAUCAUUUGUCUUUAUUUUGCUACCUUUAACAAGUUGGUGUGCAAUUGUCUUCCAGCAAAAAAUAGAGCAUGUGAAAUUAACAUCAUCAUAUUAUUUCAGGAGUGUAGUUGUCACACAUUUGAAAAAGGAAGCAGAGUUUCUGGGUACUAAGGUGGGAGACAUCUUUAAAUGUUAUCUGCCUCAUGGUUCAUUUAGUUCAGCUGUCUUGCAGACUGAUUAGUGUCCUGACUGCAAAAAACUCUGAAGUGUUUGAGGAUGUGACAGGCUUUUCUUUCCCUCCAAUAAUAGAGGGUCAGCACAGAAGUGUCACACUGUUGAUCCAUUACUUUCUAUGAAAGUGGGUUUUUAUGAAGUAUUGUUGAGUCAUAUUUUUAUAUUUAAUUCACUAGUUGUGAAUGAUAACUGAUAAGGUUAUUAAUGUUUUAUCUGUUUUAUGGAGGUAUAUCUGUGACUGACGAAUUCACGCAUUUCAGCCCUGAAGACUUGUUAUCUGCUUCCACAUUGCUUGAGAGAUUUAUCAUUAGAGAAAUACACAACUUGCUAUGAAGUAAAAAGAAUGAAGAAGUAGUAGUUGUUAGAUAGACUGGCAAAGAGGAUAGAGAUGUAUAAGUAUAGAGACAGUAUGGUUCAGGAAAAUUUGCAAAAAAUGUCGCAUGUUUGACAGCAUCAAAGAAAUAUUCCCAUGUGACUUUUGUCAGUAACUUUAUGCUUUGUUAAAGUAGCAAGCAUUAGUAGAAUAUGGAUGUGAUGUGUAUGUGUAUUGUAUGAAUGUGUUGACAUGCACAUAUGGAUAUUACUUACAGUCUUGUAUACCUUCUUUCCUCAAAUUGCACUAAACUAGAGAUGUUAGUGGUGAGGAGGAACUCUCAUAUUUGAUAAACACUUUCUGGAGCUUCAGUAUUAGAUCAAUAUUUAUGGCAACAGGAAAAGCAGAUAAUUUUUUGGGGGGAAGAGUAUUUUUCUUAAUGUACACAGUGUUUCUUCAAUGCUCUUGCUGGCUUGAUUUGCAUCUGGAAAGAAUGCUCUGUUCUACUGCUUUCUGAAAUUUCAUUUAAAUUGCAUUAUGCCAUUCUGACCUGCUUAUAUAAAAAUCCAUUUUAGGUUUUAAAUGAUAUACAUUUGCUCCUGAAAAAGAAUUCUGUAUAUUUAGAUGUCACAGAACUUUAAGAAAAUGGCAUAAUUACAGAAAUUUGACAUAUAGACAUAAUAAUAUUGUUAAAGCUGUCAUGUUCAUCAUUGAGCAGACACAAAAGAGCUUAAAUUGUUUGAUAUGUAUCUUAUAUGCUUGAAUGUAUUGCUCAGAUGGGUUUGCAGUAUCAUGUAUGCAUGUAGUUGUAGUUGAUUCAUCCAGACUCUGGUUAUUUAAUCCCACAGUUUUGCUGACACUUACAUGUCAGUUUACAAAAUCCCUCUUGAAGAAAUGAACCUUAUAUGCAUUGUAGCCUUGGCACAAUUUGUCAGAACAUACACCAUUGUGAUCACAUGAGGCACACUUUUGUUGUUUCCGUCCACAAGUCAUACUUGGGUUUUUUCACAAUUGUCUUUUUUUCUUUAUACUUUUCUGUAUCGACACUUUUUAAUUUUUAGUAUGUAUAUUGUAAUGAUCCUGUCACCAGUUCCUUUAUCCAUAUUGAAUGGUUCUAGCUGACAUUGAGCUGAAAUUUUGCUUCAGAUUCUUAGAAAUUUGCACAGUACAAAAAAUUUGUGUAAUCUUUGCACAGUUAUUUAUAUUGUCUCUGAUGCAGUGACACAAAUAUAAAACAUCUUACCCUUAUUCUUUUUGUAAUGCCCAAUGCUUCUGGAAAAAAGUCUGCGUGACCAUAGAGUUGUGAUGACUCUUUAAAAAACUCACAUGUUGACUGAAUAAUUGUACCUUAAACUGACAGCUGGUUUUGUGAUUCAAAUCUGUGAUCCAGAUUUUCACUGAAACCAAGCCUGCCUCUAAAGAUUCCAUUAAUCUUUUGGCUAACAAAUCUGUUUUACAUUUUUCGGGUCCUGAAAGAUGUGAUAAAUCUUAGUUAUCUGUUCCUCAGUAGCACUCACAAAUUAAAAUUGAAGCUAAAGAGGCUAAUGCACAAUUCAAAUAUUAGGCCAGGUGCAGAUGAAGACUGGGUACACUUGCUAGUCCUACAUACUUGUCUCAUUGUGUCUGUACACAUAUUGGUGAUCAAGUUAGCUUUGUUGGUCACUGAAAAUCUAAUUAUUGUCUGUCAAAUUCUUGCUGAUGUUUUGCUUUCUGUUUUAAGGAACAGUAUUUUAAAACUAAAACAAUCCACUGAUGGAUUUUGCUUUUCAAAUUUAAAUACCUCUGUGUGCAAGAUUCUCAAAACAGUAUCUGUGGGCAGUAUGGCUUAGACUGUUGAGUCAGUCUGCCCAUAUCCAUGCAAAUUUCUUCUUCUUGUUCCUCUUCGCCCCCAGUGGAGCAUAGGGCCGCAACCACACAUGCAUGCAAAUAGACAUCCAAUUUUCUGACAAAAUAUAAAUACAAGAUUUAGUUGGUAUGUCGUCUCCUAGAGAAUGAAUGCUGAUUAUAAAGUAUAUAUGAGCAGGCUACAAAUAGGUAGGCAUUCAGUGGGUGUGCUGUGCCCUGUUAAUACUACACAUUUACUUGGAGACAGUAUUACCAAAAUUGUAUUACAUUCAUUACAUAUUUAUUUCAUUUGAGUUAUUAAAGAAUAGAUACUUUUUAAUAUGUUAUAUGUUUCAUAAUAAAUUGACAGAAAUAGCAUAGAAAGCCCAUUUUGUGAUAAAGUGAUCAGGUAUUAUGGGUGAUAUUAGGUUAUAUUUAAUGAAAGACUUUAUUUAUUGAGGAAGAAAAAUAUUCCAGUAGUGAAAGCACUGGGAUCCAAACUAUGAGGUGACCUGCUUUGACAUCCCCAUGGUGUAGCAGACUUCUUGCCUGUCAACCCAGUUGUCUGGAAUAAAGAAUGGACACCUGACUUAGAGGGUUGGGAAGAGUCAGGCAACGAGGCAAAGGAGAUGUGAGGUCUCUUAAUGCCUCUCUCCCCAACGACCUAAAAAAAAAAUGACCUUUACUUUUUUAUUGCAAGACCGGAAAUAAUUUUUUAAUCCAGUUCUUCAAAAAGGUAUUAUUGUUUAAAAAGUUUAUUUUGGUAACUCUGCAAAUAUGCAGUGAAUUCAGACAUUACCUGAUCAUGCCCUUUCUUCUAGUCCAUAUUUAAAAGAUGCUGGCAAUAAGAAAUGCACAAAGCUUUUAAAGCAUUAUUCUCACAAGAUAAAAGGUAUGGCAUAAGUCUUUUAACUGUAUUGGCAGAUAUAAACACCAGGGGUCACAUUCACAAUUGAUGCUAGAUAGUUGGGUGACUAAAGUAGUCGGUUAUUACCUGAAUUUACCAGCAGCUUUAAGCAAAGCAGCUACCCCAGGGUUAUGUACUUGGCCCCAUGCCCUUCUUGUUUGUACAUAGGUUUUCAUAUGAUCACAGUGAAUGUGUCCUAGAUCACCAAAAAUGGAGAUUUUUCCCUUACUUAUUUUGAUCCUACUUACAACAUUUUCUAUUUAUUAUAAAAAAAACCAACAUUAUGUACUUAAAAUACAGAUUUGUUUACAGAUGAAUUUAGGAUUUUGAGUAGUCAGGUGGUUGACGUUUCAAAUUCAAAGGCGACAUACCUAUAUUUAAUGUAAUAUGUUUUGUUAGACUUUUGUUUGAUAUUUUCAUCUUAAUUUUUGACUAAAUAAACAGUGAGCCAAAUAUAAUUUUAUUUUCUUAUAUAUUUUGCUGGAGAUGGUUGUUUUUGUUUUUUCUUUGUCAUGUACUGAACCACUAGUGUAAAUAUUAAGUGUUUUUAUGUGAUAAAAACAACAAUUUCAACUUAUUUAUCUUGUAGUCAAGUCCUGCUAUAUUAGUAGCAAAUUACAUCAUAUAUUGUACCUCAUUGAUUUUAAUAAUUACAGAUAAUUAUUGCUAUAUAAUUUUUCCUUUGACACAGGAUGACCUGUUGGAUUAUGUUUGAGUUUGAUUAUUUGAUUUUAUUCCGUUGGUUUAAACUAUUAAUGCUGUGAGAUUUUCCCACCAAGGACUGCUAUUUUGUUUGUUGCCUGCAACAAAAAUAAAGUGCAUUGUAGCAGUGUCAUUGCUGUGAUGCUAAAGCCGAGUCAUAGGGAGAAAUCAUUCCCAGCAGGACUUUCAGUUCACAAUUACUUCUGUACAUGCGGUGAAAAUUGCAUACCAUCUAAAAUAAUUGACCUAAAAUGAUUGUCAAUAUUUAUCUUUCUUUAUACCUGUUUCUGUCAAGUUAUCUUCUCUUCUUCCCCACACCUAGCUUUCCGGUGGACUGCAAUGAGCAGUGACUGUGGGUAAUGCGAUCGACUCACCUGGGGUGUGAGGUGUUAGCUGUGGUGCAGGGAGAGCUUCCACUUUUUUUGUCGGCAUCAUCCCUUCCCCCUGUGAACUGCUUGUGUGCAUGGGAUUGUUAAUAGCAGACACCAAUUAAAUCAUCUACUCAAACUG